AUGCUGUACUACGGGCAAUCGCGGAAUUUAACGAUCCUAACCUCCGACGCCAUGGUGCUGAUACUAAAUAUCAAUAUCCACACGGCUGGGAUCAACCUUCAAAAGGCGUGCUACCGCGGACCGGGGCUGAAUACAUUCCCUAACCCCAAUGGAAAUACACAGUCCUUUGGCCGGAUGGCCCGAUACCUCCAGGAUACCACGGCCCGGUAUCUUACCACCAUGGUCGAUAUCCUUACCGAGCGUAGCAUGCUCGAUACCUUGAAACUCCCAGAGAGCCAUAGGGACUUGGACGUCCCAGCGAACAUGCCCACCAUGGACAGAGACAUGGUUGAUGCGUAG